UUGACCUUGCUAUGAGUCAUUCGCUGGAAGGCAGAGUCGGGGAUACCGCGCCUGUCUGCCGGCUGCUUUCUAGACGCACUCCGUUCACUGUGAACGCUUUUAUAGAUAAAGUAUUUUGUGUUUGCUAGUUACUCAAUUAAAUCAUUUAAAAAUGUGUUUCUUCAAAAAGCGAAGGAAAAUCAGAUAGUGUGGGUUUAUUCUGAUAUUUGUAAAUAUUUUUGUGAGUUUCCAAAGUUGGAUAUCAUGAUAACAACCAUGACGUCAUUUAUAUUAUUGAAGACAAACUCUUUCUUAUUGAGGAUGAAUAGAGAGGAUAAUGUAAACUGGUUUCACGGAAAGAUAUCCCGAGAAACUGCGGAAAAACUUCUUAAAGAAGAGGGCGAGGAUGGUGUUUUCUUAGUUCGGGAAAGUAAUACUUCUCCUGGGGACUAUGUACUCUCUGUUCUACACCAGGGUGAGGUUGUACACUAUCAAAUAAGAAGACAUGGCGAAGAUGCAUUCUUCUCUAUAGAAGAACAUACAACUGUGCAUGGCUUGGACACCUUGAUCCAGCAUUACCGAGGAGAUUCCAAUGGCCUUGUCACUCGACUGUCUGUGGUGUGCAAAGGUGAACCACCACCACAUGAGUCUAGAACUCAAGGAACAACUAAUUUACUACAUAGGGCAACAGAAGCAGGUGACUACAACAUAGUAUCUCAGCUGCUCGCGUACGGCUACCGAAGCCGCGACGCAAAGAACCAGGACGGGCAGACUGCUGUACACAUAGCCGCGAGGGCUGGCCGGGACAAAAUCCUGGCCAAGCUCAUAGAGAGUGGCGCCACUGUCAAUGUCCGGGAUUCCUUUGGAUAUACGCCGUUACAUUACACUUGCCAAAACAACUUGCCGAGUACGACUGAGCUGCUGAUAUCGAAGGGCGGCGCCAACUAUCAGAUGCGGCACGCGCCCACCGGCAAGGUACCGCUACACGAUGCCGCGCAGAGGGGCCACAUAGACUGCAUAAAGGUCUUGUUAAAACUAAAGGCACCAGCCCACCCUAGAACAUUAGCUCACGACACUCCUGCUCAACUAGCCAAACAUUCUGGACACACGGAAUGCUACCAAUUACUCAAGAACCACAUACCUGAACAGCCGAACACCACAAAAAGUCAGUGGUAUCACGGCACACUCAACCGCGAGGAGGCGGUCCGCACUCUAGAGGAGUACUGCAAGCAACACAAUGUACGGGACAGGGCUUCCGACGGCGUGUUCCUAGUGCGCUACAGUGAGAGGCACACUGGCGCGUACGUGCUCACCAUGCUCAGUGAAAACUUGCCUUACCACUUCAUUAUACGGAAAGAGAACGAUUGGCUGUUUAUAGACGACGGGCCUUACCUAGAAUCUCUGGAGAGGCUAAUAGAACAUUACAGCACCGUCCCAGACGGUCUCCCCACCAAACUCACCACGCCAGUGCCUCCCAAGCCAAAACCACCGCUACCUGAGUUCUCCACAAUGCCACGAACCAAGAAGUCCUCACCAAGUCGAGUAGCCUUGAACCAAUCCCUAUCGUUAGUUAAACACGACAUAUUGAACGACAACCAAUCAGUGAACAACAACGCCUUUGAACUACUAACCAGAAACCUCUCCUUCUCAUCGGAUUUCAACAACGAUAGCAUGAACAACAACGACGAAGCGCCGAGUGAGUGUGACACGUACAAGGUGCCUGUCAAUAAUAGCGCAGUUGUCACGCUGGCGGAGAAUUACAAUGAGAUAUCCAUUAACUCCGAGGGCCAGCUAUCCACACUGCAAGAGUUCAUACCGUUCAGCGAAUUAACAUUAGGCGCGGUGUUAGGCGAAGGCGAAUUCGGUUCAGUUCUACGAGCCGUGUACUCGCCACCGGAACAAGUCCCCAUACAAGUGGCAGUGAAGACAUUACACGUGCAACACACCGACACUAACAAACAAGAGUUCCUGUCCGAGGCCAAGCUCAUGAUGUCGCUGCAGCAUCGGUGUAUAGUGCGGCUUAUUGGAGUGUCCUUGGGCCCUCCCCUCGCUAUGGUCCAAGAAUUAGUUCCCCUGGGUUCAUUACUAGAUUUCUUGUUAAGACAACCGGAGAAAGCAUCUCCGGGAUACGAGUUGCGCUUGUGGGCGUGGCAGGUCGCUUCCGGGAUGAGGUAUCUCGAGAGACGGCGAUUUGUACAUCGCGAUCUCGCUGCUAGGAAUAUCCUACUGGCUUCCAGACAUCAAGCCAAAAUCAGCGACUUCGGUUUAUCCCGCGCGCUGUCCACUGACAGUUCGUACUACAAGGCGAGUCGCGGUGGCAAGUGGCCCAUCAAGUGGUACGCGCCCGAGUCCUACAACUACGGCACGUUCAGCCACAAGAGCGACGUGUGGAGCUACGGCGUCACUCUGUGGGAGAUGUUCUCGUACGGCAAGCAGCCGUAUGGCGAGAUGAGGGGUAUCGAGGCCAUACAGGUAGUAGAAAGCGGUCAACGGCUCGAAAGGCCCGAGGACUGUCCGGAUGAGAUCUACCAAGUGAUGCUGGACUGCUGGGCCUACAGCCCCGACCUGCGGCCCACCUUCAGCAAACUAGACGAUGUGUUCUCACAGAACCCUGAAUACGUCAACAUCAGCCAGCUCGCGGCCGAGAACGAGGACGUGCAUGUUUAGAGAAUCUCCUUAGAUAAGGUCAAUUAAAUGGUAUACUUACCACUAGAUAUUAUUAUACCUGUAAACAUAAAACUGUCUUAGGCUGAGAUCUAUAGAGAACUGUACUUUGUUUAGACUUCAGACACGUUGAAAUCUACUAUAGAGCGCACUUUGACUUUGCUUAGAUUUAAGUUUCAGUUAAAAUGAGACAAAAUGCCAGCGCUAUAACGCCGUCUCAUUUUGACAGUGUCUUAUAUCUCAGCCUUAAAACGAAAGUGUUAUACCGUUGACAUAAAUCUGUUACAUUUUAACUGAAACAAGUCUGAGCACACUGUAUGGAGUACAGAUUUCAGGCUAAGUAGUGGUAAUAUAAAGUCACAUUCACACCAAUAAGAUUUUGCGUUGCGUAUCAUGUUCGACGGAAAUUAUUGUAUCGUCAGUAUGGACGAAAAAGUUUAGACUAUGUCUAAAAUACGAUUUACGCCGCAUGUAGCGUUCAACAAACAACACAAAGCCUUAUUGAUGUGGACGCGGCUUUAAAAGUACUCCAAAAGGUUUCAGUGAAUAGAAGUAUGACAAUCAAAUAAUUAUUAUUAAUUGCGCUUUCUGUAGGCUUAGCAUAAGAUUUUGACGACAACGUUGAUAGAAUUCGAGUUUCGAAACAUAACAUCAGAGUAAAAUGGGUGAUUUAAUGUCGAAAAUUCGUGCCAUCGAUUUUAACUUCGCAAGGUUUGGAGCGCUAGCUGUAGAUGUAUGAACGAACUUGAGUUUUAAAACAAAACUGUUAAGGCCCAUUUUACUGUAACGGCAAAUGCUUCGAUGUUUGAAUUUUACCAAUGUUGGCAAUGUAAACUCUUAGGUUUACUGUUAACUCUCUAUUUUGUCGACAUUGGUAGUAAAAGUAAACUACCAUUUGAGAACAUGCCAUGAUGUGCCUGAUAAGUGAUAAUUAAAUUUCUAGUAUUCUUAGGGGGUAGUCCGGAAUAUGUUAAAUUAAAUGUAUGGAACGGUUAUUCCGAAAAAAAUAAUGCUCUACGAAGCUGUCAAAAUUAGUAACAACAUCAAGUUAUUAGCAAAAACCAGGCAGUUUUGUCUCGUCUAGUGUGUAGAACUACAUCGUUCGAGAUCGUUGCCGCAAUACAAAUUUUAAAAGUUCAAAUCGUGAUUUUUCGUCACAUAAAAUGUUUUUUUUUUUUUUUUUCAUAUACCGCAAUAUGAGCCCAAAUGAUUAAUAUUUACCAUUAAAAUUAAGUAUUGUGUUGGAUGCACUAACUGUCACAAUUAACUUUUUUGCCUUUAAAAGUGCUAACAUCUAUACGGUUUUGUACAAAUCUUUUAACUAAAUUAGCAUGUCUCUAAAUCCUAGAUCUACAUAUUCUACUUUGUCAAACUUAAAUCACAUUUAAAACAAGAUAGUUGUCUGUCAGACAUAAAUCUGUCUCUUUCUAACUCUAAGUAAAGUUUGAGCAAAGUCAAAUUACACUCAAUAGAUCUCUUUACCUAAUAGUUGUGUUGUCCUAUUCACAAUGUUCCCUGCGGAAAAGGAUAGCACUACAUUGAGACCUGUUAAUCUAAUUUAGUAGAUAACUACUAUGAGUAGAAUUAAUUUUCAAGUCAAAUGUUGGCUUUACUUAGUGCUAACGAGUGCAUCGCAAUUCUCGGAAGUAAUCUUUGAUUCUAUGAACUAAUUUAAUUUAGCACAAGUAAAUAACCUAUUUUUUUGUAGAUUUUUUUAGAUAAAUCAUUCAGUAUACGUUUAAAUAGUACUAUUUUUUUAAGUGCACAUUUAUGCUGUAAAAUAUUGCUUUCGGUUUUAAUAGACACAUAUUGGACAUAUCUAUCCUUUUAAUGCAAUGGACACGCGGUUUUUUCAUGCGGAAAAAUAUCGUGGGAUAAAUUUUUCCCUACGAUCAUAUUAGAUGUUUUUGAUCGCAGCGGAUUAUCCUUGCCUGAAUGAAAAUGUGCUUUUGAAAAAUAGUGAAAAAAGUCGACAAAGGCGACGGAAGAUUUGUUUCAUCCAUUUAAAACUAGUGUUAAAGUUUUAAUAGGUAUGCUAAUUAAUAUUCUUAUUAUAUUACCAAUAUUUAAAUCUUUUGAUACAAUCUGUACAUUCCUUUUUGUAAAAAAAAUGUUAAAUAAUGAAAUUUUUCUAUUUAAACAUUUAUUCUUAUACAAUUUAUACUUUUUGUACGAAAAUCGCACACAUGAAAUUAUUUUAUUUUAUAGAUUUUAAUUGAAACCAUGAUUUUUGAAAAAUAUUUAUAAAAUGUAUAAUUUUUUAAGUAUAGAUUUUACCUAUUUUAUAAUCAUUAGAUCAAUAAAAAAUGUACGUAAAAACAACGAAUGUCAAGGAAUGAGACCUAAAAGAGAAUGUAAAAUUUUAUUGGUUCAAGAAUUUUAUUAUUAAUUGGUAGCACAAAAGUUGCCUAACUUCAGAAAACAGAAAAAUAAGGGCAUGUUAUUUUAAUUUAAGACCUCUCUAGAAAACUGAAACCUCAUUUUGAAAUAGUGUGGGAUAGAAAUUAGAUCACUUUGGUGCAAUUUUGUGUAAGCUUCAAAUAAAAAAAAAUAUAUUGUGUGAAAUGGAAGCUGUUAUUAAAUUCGCCAUGAAAUGCCAUAGUAAUUUUUGUCGUUCAAUUAUUGCCAUGAGGUUGUGUUAUUUCAUGUACAAAAAUUUUAUAUAGUUACCCAAAUUAUCUGUUUAGUUUAUAAAGAAUUUAUAUUAAAUUCUAUUUUACGAGUCUGACUAAGCGUAUGAUUUUUUAUAAUAAAUUAACAAAUUUUAUCAACUAUUGUGUUAAGCGAAUGUGAUAAUGGUAUUUAUGAAGUUAAUAAAAUAUUCCAUAUUUUUGCUUCUCAUAUAAAUAUUUGUUUUAUUUCGAUUAAAAAAAAAACAUGUCCAAACAGGUGUCCAUUUUGGUAAUAAAACUCUUGCUCUGUUUGAUUUAUUAAAAUAACUUACAAAUCUAUCUUAUAAAAUAAUUACAUUACAGUAAAGUAACUACAAGUACACAUUUAAUUUUAAUUACUUAGGGACCUACAUAAUUUUACAAAUUUUUACUUAUUAUAAAAUACUACACAAUAUUUUUCAAUGUUUCAAGAUUUUCCAUAUGGUACACAGGGCAGCCACAGUAAAUAUUUUAGCUUGUCCUACUACUAUUUAAAUUGUAAUAGAUACGUA